ACAGUUCCAAGCCCAGCUGGGCUGAUCAGGUGGAAGAAGAAGGAGAAGAUGUGGAACCCUUAAGUCCAGCUAUUGUGAAGGAUCCUGGCUGUGAUUUUGUCCUGGACACCCCACGAGAAGUUAUCAAUGGAAAUAUAAAGACCAUCACAGAAUACAAGCUGGAUGAAGAUGACAAAAAAAAAAAUUAAGAUUGUGCGAACAUUCAAGAUUGAAACCCUCAAAGCCUCCAAAGUAGUGGCUAGAAGAAAGAACUGGAAAAAGUUUGGAAAUUCUGAAUAUGACCCACCCGGACCAAAUGUGGCCACUACUACAGUCAGCGACGAUGUACUGAUGACCUUUAUCACAAACAAGGAGGAUCUAAAUAACCAAGAGGAGGAAGACCCCAUGAACAAGCUGAAGGGUCAGAAGAUUGUGUCUUGUAGAAUUUGUAAAGGAGAUCAUUGGACCACAAGGUGUCCAUACAAAGACACUCUGGGCCCCAUGCAGAAAGAGCUGGCCGAACAGCUGGGUCUAUCCACAGGAGACAAGGAGAAAGCUCCAGGGGCUGAACCGGAACCUGCUCAGGCUCCAGUUAGCAAAACAGGAAAAUAUGUUCCUCCCAGCCUGAGAGAUGGAGGGAGCCGAAGGGGAGAGUCCAUGCAACCUAACCGUAGAGCUGAUGACAAUGCUACCAUCCGUGUCACCAAUUUAUCUGAAGAUACGCGGGAAACUGACCUGCAGGAGCUCUUUAGACCAUUUGGAUCCAUCUCUCGAAUCUACCUGGCUAAAGACAAGACCACAGGGCAAUCCAAGGGAUUUGCCUUUAUCAGCUUUCACCGCAGAGAAGAUGCUGCUCGGGCCAUCGCUGGCGUUUCUGGCUUUGGUUAUGAUCACCUUAUUCUGAACGUGGAAUGGGCC